UCCAGCACGACCACUAGCGGCUGCAUUUUCGAAAAGAUCGUGUCCCUAUUUAUAACGGUUGAAAAUGAAGAAGUGGAAAAUGAGAGGAGAUGCGAUCUAUCAGCUCUAACUGGACCUCACUCUACUUAUCACCAAAACCAUCCAAUCCAAGAGUAUGUGUUGUGGCGAACCGACAAAACGAUGUAGUGUGAUUCCAAAAAAAGAUGCGAUUCUUUGUAUAUUGACAAUUCUGACAAGUUAUCAAAAUGAGAGUUUUGUGUUUAGUGACUAUCGUCGUAUUUCUGGCAACCGAGCGACGGGCACCCGAAGACUGAGAAUAGACGUAAGAAACCAUCGCUCUCUGGAGUAUUCCGGGUACGACCCCAUGAAAAAAAACGUUCUAAUAAUUCACGGUUUCAACGGCACCGAAAGCAAGAGGCCUAUGACCAUCUUAAGAGACGCUUAUUUGUCUCGCAACGAUUACAACAUCUUCACGGUCGACUGGAGGCCCCUGGCGAAGUUUCCCUGCUACCUCUCGGCCUUAUCGAACAUGAAGCUGGUGGCCCAGUGCUCGGCUCAGAUGUACUCCUUCAUAAUGGAGAACGGGGGCGACGCCCGGGAGACAACCUGCGUCGGACACUCUCUGGGGGCGCACGUAUGCGGAAUGAUCAGCAAUUAUCUUGACGUUAAGCAGCACAAAAUCGUCGGGUUAGAUCCGGCAAGACCGCUGAUUAAUCGCUAUGGAGAUCGGUAUUUUAGAUUGACCAAAGAUGACGCCCAUCAGGUGCAAGUCAUUCAUACGAACUCGGGGAUUCUGGGGGAGGUCAACCAGGUGGGGCACAUCGACUUCUGCGUCAACGGGGGGAAGAUGCAGCCGGGGUGCAAAGGACACAUCUUGCGUCGCUCAAGGUGUAGCCAUUUUCAAGGCGCCUGUUACUACGCUGUGACUGUGAGGAACAAAAACGCCCAUCUGGGGCAACCCUGCAUGGGCACUUGUCCCAAGCAAGGGUCUGACUGGAAUCUCCUACCCGGAAAACCCAUUCCAAUGGGCGAAGAUACGCCCUUUGGGGCCAGAGGAAUGUACUGCGUUGACACACACUCCACCACAGAUUGUCCAUUUGAAUAGCGUUAGAAAAAUAUAUUAAACCCUUUUAUUAGAAAAAUAUUACAAAGUACAAAAAUCAAACAACAAAGCAACAAGUUAAGGAACGUCAAACUAUUCGUCUUUUUCAACAAUAUCGUCAAGGCACUCUCUCAGUUUCUUGAAUUU